AUGUGUUCAGCGGCGGGAGGAUUUGCGUCGACGGUCGACGAAAAAGACAGCAUGAUCCCGAUCUCGAGCCCGACGAUCUACCGCGUGAAUGAGCAAGAUGGGAGUCAGCGGAGGAUGAGCAGAGAAGAAGAGGAGGAGGAGAUGGCGUGCAUCUCGCCUCACUCGCCUUCCUUCUUCUUUAAACACCGGACUGGCGAUCAGGGUAGUUUGCAACUCUUGAUCAAGGCGGCUGUCCUGUUGGGCAAGGUCAAUACGACCUUGUAUCGCAGAUCUCAUCCUGCCAAGACGUCCCACGAGAUCCAUCAGGAGCAUGAACACUUGUCUAAUUUGAUCUGGGGCCUUUAUCAUUCGAUUCCCCCGAGUUUCAAGAACCCAUUCAAGAUGACAAGAUUCGGACAACUGGAUGCCUGUCUUUUGUCGGCGCACACGUUGAUCCACACGAGCUUGAUCCAGCUGAACGAAGACCUAGUCUGUCUCGACCUCCAUCCACCCGCCGAAGACGGCCACCUGCAGAUCUGUAAACUCUCGGGACAGGUCUUGAUCGACUGGUUCCUCCAACUCAUCCAGCACAAGAACCUCGGCCUCAUCAGCGUCGAUCUCGGCCAGCUUCUCUGCGGAAAUCCGACGCUGAACUUCGGCUUGAGCGUCGCGAUGAGGACUCAAUGUAGAUUGAUCGCUAUCAAUCGUGUCUUCAACCCUUCCGCUCGGGCCGAGCUAGACCUAUUGAGCUUCCAGAUCGACCAGAUCUUGGGCCACUUAAGCAAAUCGGCCAAGAUGCCAUUAGAAGGUCGGAUCAUCGAGUUGAUCACCGGUUUGCUCCAGAACCCUUACUCGCUCCUCCCUCGCUCCGUAUUAUUCCCGAUCAUCGACCCCACUCAUCCGCAUCCUACUUCUUAUCACCCGUUGAACAACAACAAUGGUAAUGGUCUGGCUCAUCCGGAAGGGGGCUCUAAAUUGAAUGUCGACGAUGGCCACGAGUCGAUGAAAAGUAACUUCGCAUUGGCCCGGAUGUUGGGGCGGUCUGCUCUCUGA